GUCACCCCAGAGAGAGAGACACACUUCCGAGUACGGGCAAUCACACGGUUCUUGUGUUAUGUGUUGACGUUUCGUCCUGUGUUUGUUUUCGUGCUUUUUUUAUUUGCGACAUCUAGUGAAGGAAGAUGAUCAACGCGUUCAUGGACACCGGCCACCAUCACCUGGCCACGUACGGCCUGAAGAUGAGCCCGGGCCACAACGGCGGCGGCGCCACGAUCCCGUCGCCGCACCAAAACCCGGCGGCGGCGAUGACCGCCCCGGAAGUGGGCGCCGGACCGCAAAACCACCACUUCCAGACCAACUACGGGCACAUGGGCCACCUGAACCACCACGCCGGCUACGCCGCGAGGGACUUCCUCCUCCGUCGGGACCACCACGAGUUCCCGACGGCCCAGACGGCGCCCAGCGAUCCCGUCUUGUUCCACCAUCACACCGAAAUGCCGCCCCAUCACAACCCGCACCUGCCGCCCCAUCACCAAAUGCUGUACUCCAGAACGGACCACCACGCGGCCUACCACACGCAACCCAACCACCACCAGUACUUGAACCCGCACAUGGGGAUGCCCCAUCAUCCCUCCAACGUGCACGGCGCCUUCUUCCGCUACAUGAGGCAACCCGUCAAGCAGGAGAUGCAAUGUCUGUGGAUAGACCCCGACCAGCCUCCCCCGAGGAAGACGUGCGGCAAACACUUCACCUCCAUGCACGAAAUCGUAACGCAUCUGACGGUGGAACAUGUCGGUGGACCUGAGUGCACGACACACGCGUGUUUUUGGCAGAACUGUUCGAGGAACGGACGUCCGUUCAAGGCCAAGUACAAACUAGUUAAUCACAUCCGGGUGCACACCGGCGAGAAACCCUUCCCGUGCCCCUUUCCCGGCUGUGGCAAAGUUUUCGCGAGGAGCGAAAACCUGAAAAUACACAAAAGGACCCAUACCGGUGAGAAGCCUUUCAAGUGCGAAUACGAAGGGUGCGACCGGAGGUUCGCCAACUCCUCGGACCGGAAGAAGCACUCCCACGUCCACACGUCGGACAAGCCCUACAACUGCCGCGUGGCGGGCUGCGACAAGUCCUACACCCACCCCUCGUCCCUGCGUAAGCACAUGAAGGUGCACGGCUGCUCGGGCCGGUCGCCGCCCCACUACGACAGCGACGGCGAGGAGUCCAACUCCUCGUCGGCGGGCAGCAUAUCGGUGGCGGCCAGUCCGCACGUGCAGGCGCCCCAGGUGCCGGGGGCCACGAGCCUGAGCGAGUGGUAUGUGGCGUGCCAGCCCACGCCGCCCACGACGGACCACCACUUAGGCGGACUGGGAUUCGGGAAUCUGCACCAUCACACGGGGGCGGCGACGGCCUACUGAUAGUGAUGGUGAUACCGUCUUGUAAUAUACUCCGAUGGCUUCGGCGGUGUUAAACGGGCACAUUCGCCGGAGGCGUUGUAUGAUAAACUGACUGUGAAUAAUUAUUUAAAUAAAACAAAUGUUUCUUGUGCAAUUCAAUGCUACGUUGCUAUAAUAUAUUUUUUCGACCAAGGCGAAAAUAUUUAGAUUUUAAUUUGUGUAUAUUUUGUAUAAAUUAUUGAGUAAGCGUAGAACCACUGUAUAAAGAAAAUUAUUGUAAAUAAUGUCUUAUCAGGGAUCUCUGUAUAUCUACAAUGAAAUGUUUAUUAUAACUUAAA